GCUCAUCUUCAUACUAUAUUUGUCCUCCGGUCGCCGCCAUUUCUGCCGUAUUGUGAACAUCUUUCAGCAGCUGGAUGCCUUGAAUUUGAUACAUUUAACUAAUUAAUGUUGAAUGUAACGCGUAGUUUUUACCGGCGGGAAACCGUCUCAACCAGACGGACUCAACAAUUAGCUGACUUUUACAGAAAUUAGCCUCGUUAGCUGAGAUAGUAAGUUAACAUUUGGAAAGUAGGCGGCUGCCGCGACGCGUUCAGGGUCCUUGUUUCCUGCUGGUAAUUACUUGUCACCCCAACGGCUAGUGGCUGUGGAGAUGUCGCUACACGGAAAACGGAAAGAAAUCUACAAAUACGAGGCUCCGUGGACAGUUUAUGCCAUGAACUGGGCUGUCAGACCGGACAAGCGGUUCCGCCUGGCGCUGGGUAGCUUUGUGGAGGAGUACAAUAACAAGGUUCAGAUAGUGGGUCUGGAGGAGGAGAGCGCUGAGUUUCUGUGCCGAAACACCUUCGACCAUCCCUACCCCACUACCAAGAUCAUGUGGAUUCCCGACACCAAAGGAGCGUAUCCUGACCUGCUGGCCACCAGUGGAGACUAUCUGAGGAUCUGGAGGGUGGGUGAUGCAGAGACCCGCCUGGAGUGUCUGCUCAACAACAACAAGAAUUCAGACUUCUGUGCACCGCUCACAUCGUUUGACUGGAACGAGGUGGAUCCAAACUUGUUAGGUACUUCCAGUAUUGACACCACCUGUACGGUCUGGGGGCUGGAGACUGGACAGGUGCUGGGGAGGGUCAACUUAGUGUCGGGUCAUGUCAGGACGCAGCUCAUCGCUCAUGAUAAAGAGGUGUAUGACAUCUCUUUCAGUCGAGCGGGCGGAGGCAGGGAUAUGUUCGCCUCGGUGGGAGCAGACGGUUCGGUCCGUAUGUUUGACCUCCGUCACCUCGAGCACAGCACCAUCAUCUAUGAAGACCCGCAGCACCACCCUCUGCUCCGACUCUGCUGGAACAAGCAGGACCCCAACUACCUGGCUACCAUGGCGAUGGACAGCGUGGAGGUGGUGAUCUUAGAUGUGCGUGUGCCCUGCACUCCAGUGGCUCGACUCCACAACCACAGGGCCUGUGUCAAUGGAAUCACCUGGGCACCACACUCGUCCUGUCAUAUCUGUACUGCAGCGGACGACCACCAGGCUCUAAUCUGGGACAUCCAGCAGAUGCCGCGAGCCAUCGAGGACCCCAUACUGGCCUACACAGCCGAGGGAGAGAUCAAUAACGUCCAGUGGGCUUCCACCCAGCCUGACUGGAUCGCUAUCUGCUACAACAACUGCCUGGAAAUCCUCAGAGUCUGAGCUGCGGUUGACCGAAAUGAGCCGUAAAACAACUCAAAAACAUUCUCAGUGGGAUUUACAAGCUGACUUUGUUGAAAGAAAUUGUUCGUUUAUGAAGGAAAGAACAGCAUCAACUCCCGCUGGCUUUGUUGUGACGCAAGUGAUGUGUUUGAAUAAUGAGGAUGGCACUUCUAAAAUGAGGAAAGCAACAUUAGACUUUGAGAUGCAAAAUGGCUGUGAUUAGAAAGCUGCAAGAAGCAGACAAAACAACUCUCAAAUAACCAGAAGACUGUUAAAUCUGUUGUCAUGUACAGACACAAAACAAGUCAAUAACGCUCUUUAUUUUAGUAUGUUGCUUUAUUGACAAAUAAGCCGGUCAGUUACAAGCUUUUUAUAGACGAAAUGGUGCAUUUUGUUUUCUAGUGAACGCCAUUAUGUUAUUCGCUUAUGUUCUAAUGCGGCAAAACUGCAGUUUAGUCGUAUUAAAAAGGGGAUUGAAUGUGAUUGAUGUGGAUUUAAGUCUUUAAAUUGUUCUUUUAUUCAAUUCAAUGUCCCAUUUCCAGUUCAAUUCAAUAUCCAUCUUCUAUAGAUUUUUUUGAUCCUCUUUGGAGUCGUGGAUGACUGGAUUCUAUCCCAGCUAAUUUAAGAAGAAGGCAUGGGACAUCGUGGACAGAUAAUCAGUCUGUCACAGGGCUACACAUACAGACAAACAGUCACACUCACAUUCACACCUACGGACAAUUUAGGAUCACCGAUUAACCUCAGCAUGUCUUUGGACUGUAGGAGGAAGCUGGAGAACCCAGGGAAGCCCACGUAUGCACAGGGAGAACAUGCAAACUCCAUGCAGAAAGAUCCCAGACCCAGGCCAAGGCACAAAUCCGGGAUCUUCUAGCUGUGAGGUGACAGUGCCAACCACUAUCAACUCACCCUGUGCAGCCCUCAAUCCAAUGUCAUUUUUGAAAUUAAAAAAACAAACAUCUGUUGUGA